AUGAGGCUGUUGGUACUUCGGAAUUCUUUUUGUCCUGAAAUUCCUCAGCCUGCAUCCAGCCGAGACGGGGAGACGGCGUCUUGGGCCGUGCAGCACGACCAUCCCGCGGCUCCGCUGACUGUCCGCUUGGCCAACUUCGGCCAUCUGACCGUCUGUCAGGGCCAAUGUGUGCUCGAGGCCUAUUAUUUGGUCAACGCAAAACGUUGGGUUUGGGCUAUUCAAGUUGGUGAGUCCAUCUGUUCCAAACAUCCUCUAUCUCCGGCCUUCAACGACUGA